AUGAAUUACACAGAGCAUCAGCAAAACAUCACAGUUCAAUACUGCUUUCCUGACAACAACUCAUCUUGUAGAAAGGAGCUCCACACUCCCACCAACCUGCUCAUCCUCUCUCUGGCUGUGGCAGAUCUUCUCGUGGGACUGAUUGCUAUGCCAGUGAAUAUAAUGGGUCUUAUAGACUCUUGCUGGUAUCUUGGAAAAUGGGCAUGCUCUGUUGUUCUAGUGAUCGAUUCUAGCUUACUGUCAGCAUCACUCUGUAGUCUGGUUUUCAUUGCAGUUGAUCGAUAUAUUGCUGUCUGUGACCCUCUACUUUAUUCCAUUAGGAUUACAGCUUGUAAAACUUCAUUAUUUAUACUUCUAGGCUGGUCUUUUGCUGUAUUGUAUGUCAUCAUGUGUUACUAUUUUAAUGACCAUUUUCUUCCAUCUCAGAUAUCAAGUCAGUGCUAUGGGGAAUGUAUAUUUGUCCUGAAAUAUUCCUGGGUGAUCACUGACCUAGUAGUCUCAUUUCUAGCCCCUUGCUCUGUCAUACUGGUCUUAUAUUCAAUCAUUUUUAAUGUGGCAAGACGUCAAGCUAAAGCUGUCAGAGAUGUGAUGAAUGGUGUGUCACACAAAAAUGGAGCCAAAGUUUCAAGUUCGUCUGAAACCAAAGCAGCAAAAAAAUUAGGUACUGUAAUUUUGAUUUAUUUGGCUUGCUGGAUCCCAUUUUAUUUAUGUUCUCUGUCAGUUGAGAGCUUGACAUCUGUGUCAAUGGUGUGGACUGUGUUUGGCUGGCUAGUACUUAUUAAUUCCUCUGUGAACCCACUAAUAUAUGCCAUUUUCUAUCCAUGGUUCAGAAAAUCAUCUAAGUAUAUUGUAAUUUGUAAAAUAUCUCUGUCCUCAUCUUCAACCUUUACUUUGUUUCCUGAAAAUUUUUAAUUUCAGACUGGAUUCAACUGAUAAAGCUGAGAUUUCUUUGGAAUCGAUGUGGCAUUCAGGACAGUGUCCUGGACAGAAGCAUUUUUGUGAUGCAAAUUGAGUUUCUUUCUAUGUACGAAAUGUGUAGAGACGAGAUGGAGAGAUAUUUAGGCAUAAGGCCUCAAGAAAGAAAUACACUCACCCCACUCAGAAGGCUUUUUAAUAAUGUCUUUGUAAUUCCAGGUCUUGUAUAACCACAUGAGAGCCUUUAGCAUUAAGAGUGAUGACUCCAUACAGAAUUUAUAACUGGAUUAUCUUAUAUUAUAUAUUGAUGUGUUUUUUUUUGUUUUAUCAUGUAGCAAUGGACAACCAAUUCUUCAAAAAGUCCUUCAUGGAGUUUAUUUACUGAAACAUUCUUUAAAAUAGAAAUUCAUAAACUCGAAACUUCCCACCCUGGUUCUGGAGGUCCAAUGCCUUGCACAUUUUAUCAAUAACAACCUUAUGUCAACUUAGUAAGGGGUGGUUAAUGAACUCAUUAUUUAAAUCUUGUUUAUUGGGAGCAGAAAAAAACUAAAUAAGUGUAACUAAAAAGGUUG